AUGCCCGACUUUUCGACCCCGGCCGAGCACGCCUUUGAGGCCCAAGAUCUGGACACCGACCCUUCUCAAACCCUCUCGACCUCCACCACGGCACUCUCCCUCUCUUCCCGCUACUCGAUCGAAUCCACCCUCUCCCAUAUCCUCGCCAACGAUGCCUACCGGGUCAUAGCUCUGCAGUUCCCCGAUGAGCUGUUGCAUGAGAGCGUGCUCGUUUAUCGGAUGCUGAUGAAGGGGUUCAAGGAGGAUGAGCGGCGGAGACGGGCAGAUGGAGUCGAGGUGGUAGAGAGGCAAUGUUACGUCUUGGGGGACAGCACAUAUGGAAGUUGCUGUCCGGACGUCUUGUCCUCCUUGCAUCUACCGGCGGAUAUAUUGAUUCAUUACGGACAUGCAUGCUUGACUAGGACCGAAGCACUACCAGUCCUCUACGUCUUUCCCAAACGCGAACUAGACGCAAAAUCCGCCGCGCAAGAGCUUUUUAGCGCAAUAACAGCUGAUGCAGACGGAGAGGCGAUCGGGGAGAAUGUCAUUGUACUAUGGGACGUCGCUUAUGACUGGUUACGAGAAGUGCAGCAACCGGGACUUGUCAACCAGGGUGGGAUCCAGGUUGACGUGACGGCGCAUUCGAAACCGGAAUUGGAUGCUCAAGCGAGAACAGCGGACAAUCCCGAGGAGCCCGAAGAGCACGAACAAGGAUCGUUCUCCAGCCUGAGAUCGUUUGAUUUCCCAGACGGGGUGGGGAUGAAGGAUUGUACGAUAUUCUAUAUCGGGGAAGAGUCUAGGGGAGUCAUCAACCUGAUGAUGGAGAAUAGCGGGAACAAGGUCUACCAAUACGACCCUUCUUCUGGUUCGGCCAUCCCGCUGCACACUCGAACGCCUCGACUCUUGCAAAAACGUCUGCUCGCGCUACACCGGAUGUACCAGACGACGACAAUCGGGAUCCUCGUCCACAACGUCGGACUCCGCUCGUCCCACUCGCUCGUCAAAGAUCUCCGCAAGCUCAUCAGAGAAAAGGGCAGAAAGAGCUAUACCAUUAGCGUCGGACGUGUUCGACCUGAAAAGCUGGCCAACUUUGAAGCUAUCGGAGGAUGGGUCUUGGUAGGGUGCAAGGAAGGGGGGUUGAUCGAUGGGAAAGAGUAUUGGAGGCCGAUCGUCACGCCACACGAGUUGAGGUUGGCGCUUCAGGGGGAGAUGGAGAGUUGGAAACCGGAGGAUUGGACGUUGGAUUUGGAGUCCGUCUUGCGAGAUAUCAAACGUGAUCGCGCCCUCGCAGAAAACGCCGAAGAAGGUUCGGGCGGAGACGUCGAUGACGACCGACCGAUCUUUUCAUUGGCCGAUGGGUCUUAUCAUAUGACCAGAAGAUACGGUGGCAAGAACGAUGAGGAAAAGGCGGACGAGGAAACACCUGCGGGCGAGGGCGCGUUGAUCAAACGGCCAGAGGGAGGGGCGUUGAUCAAGCGGAGCGAGGCGGGACGAGUCGCAGCGGUCCAUCUGGCCGGUCGAGCGUUCAAGGGACUGGACGCGUACGAGGGAUACGAUGCGAAUGGGACGUUGGCGCCUAGCGAACUGGUUGAUGGUCGGGUCGGGGUCGCUAGGGGUUACCGGGUUGAUACGUUGGGCAAGGAGGGGCAGGGUCAUUAG